AUGCGGAGCUCUGUUGCAUCUGCUUUGACCAAGCAUGCACCAUUGAAGUCCGAGACUGGUCACCAAAUGUGCACUUACUGCAUGCUCUCCCUUUGCUGCCACAGCAAGCCCAAUCCCGUGACAUCACACUUAUCCGCACCAUCCUGCCCCUUCUGCCGGAUCCUUACAACCCAGUUGGUGGUGGCCAAUGUUAAAAAUAAUGCGGAGGGAGACAAGAACUUAAGGGCAAGGAUAUCGAAGAGGACUCGGAAAUUAAAUGAAGGGAGUAGCAGCUUGAAAGGCUUGUCUUCGGCCAUAAGCUUAUUUGGGAGGAUCAACGGGCGUGGUAAGUUGAAGGUUGAUGAUAGUGGUUGCAGUGUCACGGACAAGCUUUGA